CAUGCAAACUCCACACAGAAAGGCCCUGGUAGAACCUUCUUGCUGUGAGGCGAAGGUGCUAACCACUACACCACCGUGCAGCCGAAAUGCAUGUUAAUUCAUUUAAUUUAUUCAUCUUAAGAGCGAUGAGGAACCCUUGCUUACAAAUAAAGCCACAAAUAACUUGCAUGGACAUGGCGUAUUAACUCCAAGUGGGAAUUCCAUAAAGGCCCCGGGCCCCUGUGGCUCCGGCCCUGGAGCAGGAGGAGCAGGAGGAGGAGAGGAGCUGGAGCGCUGCCUCUCCCUCCCGUCAGAUGUCUCUGACUGACGGACUGAUGUCGGCGCUGUAACUCUUUGGAGAAGUCAGCAGGAGACGUCCAGCAGCAGUCAUUCAACGGGAGAUCUUCAGAAGUGCAGCGGCGGACACGAUGGGCAGCGUGCGCCUCGUUGUGCGCGGUAAAUCAGCACAAAGUUAAAGAACAAAUCUCCGUGUGCCAAACAUCUCUCGUUGCUUGCAACUUUGCGCAUUCGACUCCGCAGCGUGGAUGCUUACCUCUUGUCCUCCUCCUCUUGCAGUGAUGAUGCUGCUCCUGCUGCUGCUGUGCGGAUUCCCCGUGGCGCGGCCGCAGCUGCUGCCCGGGUCGUGCAACUUCGAGCUGGGCACCUGUGGCUACGCGUCGGACCCGGAGUACGGCAGCUGGAGCAUGAAUAAAGAAGGGCAUUUGUUGACGGUGGAUUCAGCCUUCUUAUCUGACCAGGAGCAGGCAGUUCUGGUCAGUCCGGUUCUGGACCAGCAGGAUUGGAGUUGUGUGAGACUGGUGUACCAGAUUACCGGACACGGUUCCCUGCACCUCCACCUCAGACCAGAGAGCGAUAACUUUGACCACCGGCUCUGGACGGCCAACCAAGCGUCCGACAGCUGGCUCAUCGCCGGUGUGGACUUACCCAACACCACCAUCCCCUACCAGAUCCUGCUGGAAGGUCGACCUGGACGCGCCUCAGGGAACGGCGUGGCCAUUUUUGAAAUCCACAUUGUACCUGGUUACUGCAUAGAGUGUAACUUUGAGGACCAUCACUUGUGUGGCUACAGUAACAGCUGGAACCCUAAUGUCAACUGGUACGUUGGGGGGAGUGUGGCAAGAGAACCUGCGUCUGUGCCGGAGAGGAACACACAGAGAGGUCACUACAUGUAUGUGGACUCCGUGUACGCCAAGCAUUUCCAGGAAGUGGCCAAGCUGACCUCACCCAUGACCACAGUGCCCAUGGCUGGCUGCCUGUCCUUCUAUUACCAGCGGGACCAGGAACGGGGAAACAUCUUCUCCGCCUUCACCAGAGACCAGCUGGGCCACUAUGAGGAGAUCUGGAGGCCAGAGGUGUACGCUACUGGCGGCUGGACCCUGGUCAGCGUCGAUAUCAAGGCCCCUCACCCGUUGGAGGUGGUGUUUGAAGUAGCUUUCAACAGCGCCAGAGGAGGAUACGUGGCCAUAGAUGACAUCUCUUUUUCUCCUGAAUUCUGCCACACUGACACCGAGCCGACCUUUGACCCCUCCAUAGCCAACUGCGACUUUGAGAACGGCCUGUGUCUGUACUACCAGGAGAGAGCAGAGACGAAGGCGUGGAGCAGAGCUUCGGUCAAGCCCAACGCCUACAGGAUAGGAGACCAUACCACAGGAAGUGGCUCUUUCCUCCUGGCAAACACGCGCUUCACCUCGAGUCCUGGUUACAUGGGUCGGCUCCAUGGUCCCUUUUUACCGGGGAACCACAAAUACUGCCUGAGGUUCUACUACAUGCUCCAUGGAUUUAGAAAAGUGGAAAACGCUCUGGUUCUUUACAUUUACGAUGAGAACAACGUCGCCCAGGAGAAGGUGUGGAGCCUCGCUGAUACCUCCAGAGCUGUGUGGACUCAGGUGGAGGUCACCUACGUGAAGCCCAUGCUUUCCAAGGCGGUGUUUGUCAGCCUAUGUAAGAACUUCUGGGAGUGUGGCCUGGUAGCCAUCGAUGACAUCACUGUCAGCGUGGGGGACUGUCAAAUCACAGCAGGCUCCCUCCCAGGCCAGUGUGACUUUGAAAGUGGCGUCUGUGACUUCAUCCAGGAUAAGAAAGGAGACAAGGCCGACUGGCUGCGAGUCCGAGGACGCACCCCCACCUCCUACACCGGACCCAGAGGAGACCACACCACUGGGGUGGGCUACUUCAUGUACAUUGAGGCGUCACUCAUGCGUCCGGGUCACAAAGCUCGGCUGCUGACCUCCGACCUGCGCGGCUCCUCGUCCCCUCAGUGUUUAGUCUUCUACUACCACAUGUACGGAUCGGGCACGGGCAUCCUGAGCGUGCUGCUGCGCCAAGGUGCCGGAGAUUCGGACACGGUGCUGUGGAGAAAGCGCGGUGAGCAGACCAUCAGCUGGACCAGAGCGAUGGUGGACUACCACUGUGAUGUCAGACACCAGAUUAUAUUUGAAGCCAUCCGAGGCCCGUCACUACGAAGUGACAUCGCCAUCGACGACAUCUAUUUUAAAAGAGGACGAUGUGAAGAUCCCGGUGACGUCACCACAUACUCGGGCUCCUCAGAGUACGUCAACGAGAUCGAGAACUGAGACGGGCGAGGACGCUCGUUCUGUCUUAUUAGAUGUAUGGUUUAGUUUUGAAGACUUGAGCUUGAGCCGGCUUUCACGAGUGUCAGUGUGAAUAUUCAACAAGGACAAUUUACGAUCUCGUAGAGCGAAGCUUCUGUUGCAGCCACCGGUUGUCUUUUCCCUCAUUUCCCAGUCCAGUAACUUCAGCGUUUGUUCUAUAAUAUCCGACGUUUCUCCGACGCGGUCCACGGCGAUGAUGUCAUUGUAUGGCAGACGAGGGCCGACCUCCCCUGGCGACGUUCAUGUACUCACAGAAGUCACACCUCCUUCUCAUGAUGCUCCGUCACACGAUCGCCAGCGGGUGUUGGGGCCUGAUGACACGAUGUGCAAAAUAUCGUUUAAACUUAUUUUGCUUUUAUUUUAAGUUAUGGCAUAGGUCAGUUAAAAAAAAAGAAGGAUAUUUUCCACACAGAUGGUGCUUACUCAAGAUAUAGAUUAUGACAGUUGCUAGAGAGUCCUUAUCCUAAAAUGUAAAUGUUAUCUAGUAUUGCAUUUACGUAAAGUUGGAGGACUUGAGAAUGACACGUUGAGAGAGAGGGGUUAAAAUAAAGCUCCAAACUCCGCCAACACAUCCCACAGUUUCCAUAAUGCACCUCAAUCGUAUCUUUUACCUGUUCAUUGUUUGAUAAUCCGCCAUGUGCCCCCAAGUCAUGAUGCAGGCGUCGUUUUCCUCGUUCCCCGACGUGCUCUCUGGAGUUUUGUCUUGGACAGAGGAAGUUGUUUACAUUCAGACUUAGUCAGAAAAAGGAACGCGCUCAUCUCCAACAAGCCAUAAAGAAAACUCCACAGUGAACCUGUGAGCGACGUCACUCCAGUGAUUCCUUUUGUUUGUGACAGUUGGGAUGAGUUCAGUGUUCAUGUCCUUCAGAGGGUGAGUAGUGAUCCCAGUGUUUGUUACGUUCUGUAACUGUUGGUUUGAUUAUCAUUUUUUUUGUUCAGGUAACAAAAUGUAACUUCAUUAGGGUUAGGGAAAGAUAUAUGAAUAAACAUGUUGUGUCUGA